GCACCUUCGGUCGAUGUUUUUUGCUUCUCGAUAACUUGCCGAACAGUGAAUCAGUUCGAAACCUCACUCUCCGCGAGUCCUUUGUGUCACUAGAUGAGAAUCCGAUUUGUAGCGUCGAUAACUUCCCAGCUGGAUUGUGACUUCUGCAUUCUAUUCUUCCUCACUUUACUCAUCGUAACGUCGGACGUUCGAAGAGCGUGCUUGCUCACAUGGGCCGAUCGCGUGUUUUCUCGACUUCUUUGGUCCUUCGGGAAAGAGCAACACGAAAUUCAUCAUCACGUCGCGGCCAGUUCAGUUUCACUAACAUCGUGCCAAUCAGCAACACCAGCGCUUUCUUCCCAGCCUCACAACUCUCUUCUCUCCCGCAACACAAUCACUAUUUCAUGAUCACUUCUUUUCAUGAUCACUUCCUUUCAUGAUCACCUUCUUUCACGAUCACUUCCUUUCAUGAUCACUUCUUUUCUUCCAACAAAUCCGAAGAUCUCA